AUGGACUUCCUCAAGAAGGCAACCGGCGGCGGCAGCAGCGACAACAAGGACAACAAUCAAGCCGGCCAAUCAUCCGCCGGCGGCGGCUUCAUGGACAAGCUCAACGGCGCCGCCGGCGGUGGCGCGCAGGGCGAGAGGGACGAAGACGGCCUCGACAAAGCCGUCGAUAUGUUCCAGGAAAAGGUGCUCGGCCAGGGCGACCAGAGCAACGAAUCGGCCGCCGAGCAGGCCAAGGACGAAAUGAUCUCCGACGGCAUCCGCGACCAAUACAAGAAGUUUACCGGCAGUGAUUUCCCCAUCAAGGACAAGGAGAAGAAGGUCGGCUUCUGA